AAUAUUUCCAAUGCUCAUUUUGUAACCUCCGAUUCCUCUAUCUUUCUCUCUCCAAACAAACAAAACGACGCCAGAGCCAUCACACCACAUAUGCUCACAACUCCAUAUACAGGAAAGAGAGAGAGUGGGAGAGAGCAGAAUAGAGAAAGCUUCGUAACCGACUUUUCGAUGUAAUCCGACUCCCAGAUCUUCCAGAAACCCUAGCUUUCCUCUCAAGAUUCUCUCCCAUUCCUCCAAGAACCACUUCUUUCUCUCUCUCUCUCUCCUCUCCGCCUACGCCUACGCCUCCUUCUCUUUCGCUCCUCUUCUUCUUCACUUCCGACUCCGAUCAAGCUCCUUCGUCUUUCACCAGCGAGGAACCAGAAACUCCUCCUCCUUCUUCCAUUUCGGCGGUCCAGUGCCGGUUCGCGCCGCAUUUCCGGUUCGCUCAAUUUUCUGGCGAUAGCGAGAGAGGGAAAAGCCCUAGGACCUGUGGUGAUUGAUCUGAUUGCGGAUUUUGGAUUGAGGUUAUGGUGUACUAGAUGAGUACCAUGGACGAUAGAGGAGGAGGAUCAUUCGUCGCCGUUCGGAGGAUUUCUCAAGGUCUCGAUCGCGGCGGCAACACCUGCCAUUCAACUUCUGCGGAAGUUGUAGCAGGAUCAGCAGCAUGGCUCGGCCGAGGUCUUUCUUGUGUGUGUGCACAGAGAAGAGAGAGUGAUCCUCGUCCUUCCUUUGAUUUAACCCCUGUCCAGGAGGAAUGCCUGAUUAGACUACAGAGCCGUAUAGAUGUUUCCUACGACAGUUCAGUUCCUGAGCAUCAGGAAGCUUUGAGGGCCUUGUGGAGUGCUGCCUUUCCUGAAGAAGAACUUUGUGGUCUAAUAUCUGAGCAAUGGAAAGAAAUGGGUUGGCAAGGGAAAGAUCCAUCUACAGACUUUAGGGGUGGUGGUUUUAUUUCAUUGGAGAAUUUGUUGUUCUUUGCUAGGAGUUUCCCUAAAUCUUUCCAGGAUCUUCUUCGAAAGCAAGAAGGUGAUAGGUCAGUGUGGGAGUACCCAUUUGCAGUUGCCGGUGUGAAUAUCACAUUCAUGCUCAUUCAAAUGCUCGAUCUCGAAGCUGUCAAACCACGAACACUGGUGGGAGCUACUUUCUUGAAGUUUCUUGCAGAAAAUGAAUCAGCGUUUGAUCUUAUCUAUUGCAUCACAUUCAAGCUAAUGGACCAUCAGUGGCUUUCUAUGCGUGCAUCCUAUAUGGAUUUCAAUACAGUGAUGAAGGCCACACGCCGGCAGUUGGAAAAAGAACUUCUGCUUGAAGAUGUAACACGGCUGGAAGAGUUGCCCUCAUAUGGCCUUCUUUCCCGAUAGUGUAGAAGCUUGUCAUAGAGUCUAUCAAGUCAGCAUAUUGUCAAUGGUUCUUGGAAAGGGUUUUGGUUUUUAGUUUCUUGAGUCAAGAGGCUGGAACAAGCGCGAUGUGAUUCAGGUUUGAAAUGCAGAGUAUAAAUCUCGUACAUGUGGAGUAAGACCGGAGCAUCCUUCUCAGUACGCCCAUGGCCGACGGGAUGUUAAAUACAUAGAUAGAGGUAUGUUUGGUACUGCGUCUGGGGAUGUCGAAUGGUAUUCUGUUUGGAUUUUUAACGUUUGAUUGCUUUCUGGAAUAUUAUUGUUUGAUAACUGAUGAUGGUCAUCAGUUGCAGGGGGACUUGAAAGCCCCGUUUGAAGAUAUAGAAUUGUUGUCGUUCGGAAAUAUGUAGAGUUGGUCUUGUUUUCCAAAAUACCUGUGGAAAAUGUCUUGUACGAAAGGAAGUCUUCAUUUGCCGAUU